AUAAGUGUUGGCGUUUCUUAGCCAGCCAUUCCUGUGCUCCCCAAUCCUCACCACCACUAGGGUUUUAGCGCCACCGUAGUCGGCUAGUCGCCAGAUCUUGCUAAUUACUUCUCAUGCAUUUCCGCCCCUAGCAUAUCACAAAAUGGGCGGCGCCACCAGGUUCCUCCUGCUUCUCACCAGCACCCCUCCGUCCCCGCUGCUCCACCGCCGAUGCCCAGCUUUCCUCAGCUUCUCCCGCCAUCGUCAGUUAUUCCCGUCAUCUUCCUCCUACCUUCCUCACCACCACUACCGUAACCUCCCUUCUUCUCUCUCUCACUCUCUUGGUCGCCCCUUAAAAAUCGAAGCCUCCCACCAACUACACACCCAAACCGCCUCCGCCAAUUUCACUGAACCUUCCUCCUCCUUACCUCGGACCCCCCACCCGUGGCCUGAGUAUUACAAUUUAAUCCAUAAUCUCUCUUCUGCUGGGUAUUUUAAUAGGCAUAAAUUUGGUAUCCAAAUUGAUUUAGAGUUUGUGGCAGGCUUUAAUUUGCCAGAGGAUCUUGCAGAUGCUGCCACUGCUUGCUUGGCAUUCGCGCGCGAAAGGCCUGAUCUUUUAGGGAUGCUGUCGAGGAAAGAUAUUGAGGUGGUUGUUGAGCAAGGGAUGCCCUUUUUAUUUAAAAAUGGCGAUGGCUCACGAAGGAGGAUGAGGUCAUUUUUGGGCAGUGGCGAUAGUAAUGUGCAGAAUACAGAUAGAGCUCACACUAUUGACUUGAUGAGGUUUUUAUUAAGUUACGCAAACAAUCUUGUUUCUUCUGAGAAGAACGAUAUACCAAAUAGAGAACUAGUGGAAUCAUCUGUUCGGAAUCUCUUGAGUGAAUUGGCUCAGCUGAGCUAUGCUCCAGCCUCAAACCUAUCUGUGUCAGGGCAAAAUCAGUUCCCAGAUAGAUAUGGACAAGCACCAAGGCCUCUUGGUCAAAACAUUGAAAUGAAAAGAGGUGAUUGGAUUUGCCCAAGGUGCAAUUUCAUGAAUUUUGCAAGGAAUGUGAAAUGCCUUGAAUGUGAAGAAGCGCGCCCAAAGAGGCAGCUUACUGGUGGGGAGUGGGAGUGUCCUCAAUGUGAUUUCUUUAAUUAUGCAAGGAACAUGGUAUGCUUAAGGUGUGAUUGCAAGAAGCCUGGAGAGGUUUCAUUUGGUACUAAUUCUGGAUCAGGUCUGAGGUAUGCCAAUGGGAGCAACACAAAUAAGGCUGAUGUGGAUAGCAGGCUGGCUGCCAACGAAGAGAAGGCACAGCGAUGGUUUAGCAAAAUUUCUCAGUUGGAUAGUUCUUCAGACAUGAGCAGUGCCAUAGCUGAUGAAGAUUUCCCUGAAAUCAUGCCAUUGAGGAAAGGAGUCAACAGAUUUGUUGUCAGCACAAGGAAGACUCCACUUGAAAGGAGGCUGGCCAAUGCUCAGUAUCGAAGAAACUUGGGUAAUGAUGGCACUUUUGAGGGUGGUGGUCUUCAAAGCUCGCAAUCAAUCAAGAAAAGUUUAGAUGAGAUGCUGGGUCAUGAUACUGCUGCUUCUGAAUCAGAUAACAAGACUCUCAGUGCUGGUCAAAAUGCAGGAACAAAUGCUCCAUCUUCUGCGACUAAUUCAACUUCACCACAGUAUGGUGCCCCCAGGGGAAGCAAUUAUGUUCCAUUUGUGCCACUACCUGCAGAUAUGUUUGCCAAGAAACCUGAUGAAUUGAAGAUGGGUAAGAGCGAUAAGUCGGAGAUGGACAAUAAGUGCCUUUCUUCAAGCACUUGUGAGCAGGCAGGUGCAGUUUCUGGAAGAAAAGAACAUGGUAUAUUAUCAGGCAGUUGGCAGCCCUCUGAGAAGCCUGUGGACCAGACUCUGAGCAAUGAAAAAGAGAAGGAACAAGCAGAAAAAUCUGAGAGAUGGUUUAAGAGAGUUGCAGAGCUGCAUAACGUUACGGAUCUGGCUAGUGCAAUUUCCGAUGAGGACUUUCCUGAGAUCAUGCCAAUGCGCAAAGGAGAGAAUCGAUUUGUAGUCAGCAAAAGGAAAGAUCGAUCCUUGACUUCUCCAAUGUACAAGAGACGUAUGGCCAUGGAGCAAGCUAAUGAUACCAAUUUUGUGCCCUUUGUUCCCUUCCCACCAAACUACUUUGCGAAAAAGGAUAACCAACAGCCAGAUGUAGCUGAUUCAACUAAUAAUGCUACCAGUGGAAAUGCAAAUUCUGCAACACUAGCGAAGCUCCCUGAGAAGUUGGAUGACAGUAAACCCGUGGUGGCUGGUGCUUCACAUGUUCAAGGGAUGGAAAACCAACAAUACAGCACAGAUUCAAGAACUUGGGAAAAUUCAAAUGAAAUGAAAGCAGGUGUAAAUUCAACUCAAACUGUUGUUGAUCCUCAGUCUAGUAGCAGGGAUGGUUGGAGCAGUGGAUAUCCUAGAAAUGAAACUAUUAGUGAGACACCAAAUCUGGUUGGUAGUAUGCCACAGAAUUUUCCUACUUCCCCAAUAAAUGGCAAGGACAGUGGGAGCAAUGGAUUCCCCAGUAAAGAGGACGUCAAUGAGGCAGCAAGUUUGACAAAGACUACAUCUCAUCCAUCUGAGAAUCAGAAAAUUAGGGAUAGCUGGACUGGGAAAAGCUUGGAAGGGUCAGCAGUGAAGGAGCCAGAUCCUUUGGACAUGUCAGAAGAGGCCAAGGCAGAGAGGUGGUUCCGACGCGUUGCUCAGAUCAAGGACAUAUCUGAGCUGAGCCAGAUCCCAGAUGAAGAUUUCCCCUCAAUAAUGCCAAUGCGGAAAGGUGUCAAUAGAUUUGUUGUGAGCAAAAGGAAAACCCCUUUGGAGAGGAGGUUGACAUCUACUCAGUAUAGAAGAAAUCUUCCGAUUGUGAACUCUGAUCCAGUGAAGGAGCGUGACAGUAGCUGAUGCAUUAUAGAAGAUUUUACCGAGUUAUUUGAAUCUAAAAUAUGCAUUAUGGAAGAUUAUACCGAGUUAUUUGAAUCUGACAUGGACAUUUAUCUUUUGCAAAUUUUGCUGCUUAUAGUCAAGAAAAGAAACCUCUCCAGAGCCCUCCAUUAAGUGGUGUGGUGUGCAUUUGCGCAAGAGCAUCUGGAUUGGACGAUAGAGGACUUGCAGAAAUGGUAUUUAAUAUGCUUGUGUUUUAUGUUCUAAGUUGUUCACACCUGUAAGCUGGAUAAUUUGUUUGUACUAAUAUUAGUCUGCUUAGAUUCAUGAGAGGUUUACAAAUUUCAUUCUCUCCGACUCCCCCACCUCAGCAGAAUUCUUUUUCACUGAAUAAAAGGAUAGAAAUGAUGAGGUUUCGGUA